AUGGCUAAUACUGAUAAUAGUUCCAAUACUUCCACUGAUAAUGUUGAGUCUGAUCCACGAAGUCCAUAUUUCCUCACAAAUGUUGAUCAUCCUGGAGUGCUUUUGGUGAGUGAGAAAUUAAGAAACAAUAAUUACUAUUCGUUGUCCCGUUUCAUGUUCUUAUCAUUGAAGGUGUGGAAUAAACUUGGAUUCAUUGAUGGAUUCAUUCCUGUUCCAGACAAGGCUGUUGCUCUGUUUCCUUCUUGGAGUAAAUGUGAAACCAUUGUGUUGUCUUGGUUACUUAAUCCCUUGACUUCGAAGAUGGCUCAGAGUGUAAUCUAUGUUGAUUCCUCUUGUGCAAUGUGGCUUGAGCUGAAAGAACAUUUUUCACAAGGUAACGGACCUCAGAUAUUUGAAUUGCAAACUGCUAUUGCUACAUUACGCCAAGAGAAGAAUGACGUUAGCACAUAUUUCACAGAUUCAAAGGUACUAUGGGAUGAACUUUUGAAUUAUCAACCCUUACUUGUCUGUCAUUGUCAUGGUUGUACAUGCAAUUCUUCAAAGAUGUUUGCUCAAAAUUAUCACCAGACCUAUGUCAUGACUUUUCUCAUGGGGCUCAAUGAUGUUUUUGAUAAUGUGAGAGGUCAAAUCUUGAUGAUGGAUCCUUUACCUUCUAUUAACAUGGCAUUUUCUCUUGUUAUACAAGAAGAGAGGCAGCGACUUGUUAGUCAUCGUAAUUCUUCUUUUGCCUCUGUUGAAUCUGUUGCUUUGGUUGCUAAAUCUGAGAAUUCCUUUAAGAAUUUUAAAGGAAAUGCACGUAGCAGACUUCUUUGUAGCCAUUGUGGACUUGCUGGACAUAUUGUUGACAAAUAUUUUAAAUUGCAUGGAUAUCCCCCUAACUAUAAGUUUAGGGAUAAGUCCAAAACUGGAUUUGUUAAUUCUGUUCAAUAG